ACCAUUCAAAAAACAAAUAGAUUAAGAAACUGGAAGGUCUGAAUUCGAAACCAAAAAAAUUAGGAGAACAAAAAAAAACAUGUCCACAUAUGAACUUAACGUACCGCAAAGCAGCGGAAAAAUUUCCCCACCCCAGAUCUACCCAAGCAGCGGAAGAAGAGAAGUAGAAGAUGCAGAAGAAGAAGAAGAAGAAGAGCAGAGGAAGAAGAAGAAGAGAAAGAAGAAAGAAGAAGAUGAGAGGAUAGAACGCACUAGGGCCUCCCGCUGCAGCUGCCGCGGUGCCGCGUCUUCCUUGUUGAGCCGCCGCCACGCUGCCGUGUCGCCGUAUUUUCACUGCAACGCCACUACAGCUCAACACAUCGGUUAUUUUGUACGGUGCUAGGCCUUGAAGCUGCUCUGCUUAGCUAUGGAUGAAGGAGAGAGGGCUCAGGGAGCUUGUCGAGGAGCGAUAAGGUUUGCGUGAGAGAAAAAGGUAAAGUUAGAAAACAGGGGCAAUUUUGGUAAUCAGGAAAAAUUUGGUCCUAUUUACGAGUUAAAAACUUAGAGGUCCUAUACGCGUACAUAUACUUAUUUUUGGUCCUAUAUGGAACCAUUUCUCUUUUUUUAGUCCAUGCAAACACUCCUUAUACUCGUAUUAGGUGUAGACUCAUCGUUCGUAAACAUUUAUACAUGUGUGCAUGGAUUCAAUUUUAGUGCAAAUAAAUCUUUUACAUGUCCAUGAAA